UCUCUCUCUCUCUCUCUCUUUCGCAGCUUCUCUUCUGUAUCUGAUUCCCUUUUUCUACGGGAGCUGCAGAUUUGAUUAGUGUAAGCAUCGAUGAAGAAGGUUACGUCGUCUAAGAUCCCGGUCAAGGAUGAUUGGGUGGCGGUGGCUAUGACUGACGACGAAUUGGUGGUUGAGCUUCUUUUACGGCUCAAGCAUGCCGGAACGGUAGUGUCGGAUAAUCCGGCGGUGAAUCUGCCUCCGCUACGGUGGGGAAUCCGUCAACGCCGGUCUCGGUCCUCAAGAUUUGGUGGCGGCGGCGGCGUUCUCGUUUCGUUGAAGAAAGAUGUGGAUUCCGUUAGAGCCAGUCCGAAGACUCCGCUCUCCUGGAGCGGCGGAUCUGGAAGUGGCGGCGGCUCUGCAUCUCCUUCCGCCGUAACCGCCGAUGGAUUCGAAGAUACCAGUCGCCAAGCUAGCUGCUCUACAUCUACAGGAUCCGGAUCUAAGGUUUUUCCCACAAACGAAAUCACCAGUUCUUUCUCCAAGAGAUUGAAGAAAAGGAAGUCAUCUUCCGAGCUUAAAAAUGAAGAGAACUUGAAGUUGAAGGAGAGACUUGACCUUCAAAAGGAGAUUGCAAGUCUCCGAGCAACAUUCCAUGAACAAAACCUUAGGAACCAAAAGUUGAAGAGGAUUAAGCUUGACUUAAACUCUGGUCGUGUCACGAACAAGAAACCUGUUGAUCUGAUUCGUAUAUCACAACUCGAGCGGCUACAGGAAUCAAAGUCAUGCAAAACGGGUGACUCGCAAAAUCAGGGGAGUUUCUUCUGCCUCCCUGAUCUCAACAUGGCACCAUCCGAGGACGAGAUAUUGUACGGAACUAGCUAAAAUGGCCUAUCUGAAGAUUUGCGAUCUCAUUACAGUGGAGUGAAGAAGGGUGAGCUAGAGAUUUCAACUAAGAAAAGUGAAUGUAAUAAGAGGUGUAAUGAAUCUCUCCCGUCACAUUCUUGUUUCCUGUUUCCUUCUUUUUUGGGGUAAAACGCUCAAUUACUUCUUGAUUUUUUAGGAAGAAGGUGGAAAUUAGGUUCUUUACUGUAUUUUUUUAAAAAUAGAUGAUGUUAGCAACUUUCAAAUUCCAAAUUAAUUAGUUUUUUUUUUA